AUGGCCGACAGAUAUAUCUUGCGUGCAACGGCUGGUCCAAGCUACGAUACCGCCACCCACGUUGAGGUGCCGGUGAAUAGACCCGAGCCAGUCCGAAUCCAGAGUCCCGGCGCAGAUAUUGAGCUGAAUAUCAGAAUCCGAAACUAUGGCGGUUUACCUCUGGGGUCACCCGCAUCGUCUCCUUACUUUGACACGGCGCCGCACGCCAAGAACAACGACCAGUACAGCAUAUGCUUUAGAUUCAAGCCUCUCAAGCCCCCUGUCGCCGUAGAGAACGGCGCCCUCGCCGGCGGGGACGAGACUGACGAGGCCAACGCCAGCUCAGAGCCAAAGCAAGAGGGGAUUAGCGGCCACGACCUCCAGUUCGGUAAUGACUUUGAUCGUCCUAUUCGAGAUAAGCUACCUCCCGGCUUCAACACAGCCAUGGGAAUUGUUCGGUGGUGGAUCGACCCCGGCUUGGACGGAGAUGCCUACGCUGAUAGACCCUACUUGUAUGGCCCUGCCUUGAGCUCUUUCAACACCAUUCACAUUGGUUCUGGAGAAUGCGCAGAGGAGAAGGGUGGCCUCUGGUUCGAGGAAGGCGGCGAUGAGGAAGGUAUGGAGGCUCGUCGCUACAUCGGUGCUCCCGAGGACAGCAAAGCUCGUAUGAAGUGGGCUUUGAAGGAUGAUAGCAAAUGCAAGUGGAUAUUCGAGUAUGGAAGAUCAUAUGGAUUAGACUUCUUCAAUCCGUAUCUCGAUUUCGCCAACUUGGCCCUAAAUUUGCCUGGCUUUCAGCUGCCAAUCGUCAAGUACUGGGAUGGACAAGGUCUGAGAUACGUCUUACGUAACAAGCAAACAGGAGAGACAUACCUCGUCGUCGUAUUCACAAUCCAUCUCAAAGACGAUGUUAACGAGGAUGGCACGCUCAAGGAAGGCGCUGCUGAUCGAGUGGCUGAAAGGGCAGACAAUUACGACGCUAGACAAGAAGGGCUUGUUAAGACGCAGGUUUUACAGCAAGCAGAGGAACAGGCUCCUGGUGGCGUAGUUGAGGAGACAUGUGCAGAUGAUGUUGACUGA